CAGGCCCCGCCUGCUAGGGCCGGUGGCUUAGCGUGAUGAUGCGUGCUUUGUUCCCGCUCCCUUCAUGCUCUAGUCUCUUUCAGAACUAGCGCAUCUCAGUAACGUGGAGUGAAGUGCACGAAGCCGCAGCUCAAACAAUCAUGAUACAAGCAGCAUUUCAGAAAUUCAGACCAAACACUCCUGGAUCGUCGCGUCUUUCAUACUUGUGGCAAUCUUAGGCAACACACGAGGCUAGGAAUCACCAAUCAUAAUCCAGCUGGCUAGUCCACGACUAGGGUCCCUUGCGCAACGAGGCUGUCGAUCCAAAGCUUGUUUGUACUGCAACAGCACAAGGCUACCAUCGUCAUCUUCAGCCUCAUUGAGAGGUUAUGAUAUUCAUCAUGGAGCAGAUGAAGGCCCUGAACGCUUUGGCGCCCUUUCUGGCCCUCACCAAGUCGGCGACAUCUCCCCGAGCCGCCGCCGACCUUAUCACACGCGCAACCUCUGCACCCGGUACCUAUGUCUUUGCCGAGCUCCGGGAAGCCCCCCAGGUCCAGGCCCUUUCCCAAUCCGCGGAGCAUGCCCCAUACCUCAACCUUCUGGACAUCUUCUCGUACGGCACAUACGACUCCUACAAAUCAACCGCAAACCUCCCCUCCCUAAACGACCAGCAAGCCAUCAAGCUCCGCCAACUCUCCCUCCUCACCCUCGCGCGCGACCCUAACAACCUCAGCUACGCGUCCCUCCAGAAGUCCCUCGACCUCCCGGACACGCGCGCCCUCGAAGACCUUGUCAUCUCAGCCGUCUACGCGGAUCUGAUCACGGCGCAACUUGACCCCUACAACCAGACGGUACACAUUAGUUCUGUGUCCCCCCUGCGUGACCUAGCGCCCAACUCAAUCCCCAACAUGCUUUCCAGCCUGCAGACCUGGUCCAAUCGGUGCACAUCGACGCUGUCGGACCUCGAGGCGCAGAUCGCGGGCAUCAAGGCUGAUGCCGCUAGACGGCACCGCGAGGUGGAGGCAAGAACCGUGGUGCAGGAUAAGCUUAUUUCGGAGGAGAAGGAGAGAGAGAAGUCGGGGGGUGUGCAUGGGCGUGACCCUGGAGGCUGAUGAUGAAGCGAUGGAUUUGGAUGAUGAGGACUAUCAGGAUGAAGGGGCAGAGGCCAGUGGGGGAAAGAAGACGAGUCGACGGAAACUGUGAGAUAUGUGCUCCUUGGCCUAGGCGGGCUUACGGGGCCAUUCAGCAUUUUGAUACAGUGGAGUCUCCUGAGGCAUGCUGUACGCAUAUUUGGAUGCACUUCUCCAAUCUCAUGGCCACAGGCAAUGACACACGGAACAGAGAU